CAGAAAAUACUCCCCACCAUUCGGUAUUCGGUAAAGUAGGUAUGCGCGGGCCAAGCACGACAUAUCUAAGCACGACAUGGUCUUGAUAGCCAACACCCUAAGAUAGAAGGAGAGGUUAGUCAUGUGUGUCAGGCCUGUGAGUAUGAGUGCUGUCAAGUCGUCGAACUCUUCUUCAACACUAUCAUGGACGCCUUCAGAGACUCUACUCCUCAGGAAUCUGCCUAUUCCGCCCCUCAGGUUGCCGCCUGGCUCGGUCGCAUCUCCCUCCCCUCAUCCCUAACCCAAUACGUGGAUUCUCCGUCAGCCUUUCCUAAGACAGCCACAUCCCUCCAGUCGCUGUUCCGAUGCCAGAUCACAACCUUUCCUUACGAGAAUCUCUCAGUGCACUACUCCCAGAGCCACCAGGUCAACAUCCAGCCAGAUGUGCUGUUUACGAAAAUGAUGGGCCCGGAUCAUAACGGCAGGGGCGGCUACUGCAUGGAACUUAGCAUCUUCUUCCACCACAUGCUGCGCGGGCUUGGGUUCCACGUCUACAUGACGGGCGUGCGCAACCGGACGCGGACUGACGGGAAGCCGCAGGGCGAAUAUCAGGGGUGGACGCACAUUAACAACAUCGUCCACCUCCCUUGCGGCUCCAAGUUUAGCGCCGACGUCGCGUUUGGUGGUGACGGGCCGACGUCUCCUCUUCCUAUGGAUGGCAUGGCAUCUGCGCUUCGCAAUCUAGGAACCCAAGAGGUACGCCUCAUACAGGAAAACAUUCCUAAGCAGCGCCUUCGGGAGCCGAAGUUGUGGGUGUACCAGUAUCGCAACAGUUCUGAUAAGGAGUGGAACUCAUUCUACAGCUUUUCUGAGAUCGAGUUCUUUCAGGAGGAUUUUGAGGUUCAGAAUUGGUGGACUAGCGCUAAGACACUCCAUCGGUGGACUGUGUUAGUGGUUCGAUUUCUAAGGGAGGGUGAGCCCAUUAAAUUCUCUAGAGAUGGUGCCUGGAGGAAAGGAGAUGACCAAGAGAUAAGCAUUGUCGGCAAGGUAAUGCUAGUAAAUAACCUGGUUAAGGUUAAUGUAGGGGGGAAGACAAGGGUUGUACAUGAGUUUAAUUCCGAGGAUGGACGGUUGCUGGCACUCCAGGAGUAUUUUGGGAUUACAUUAACGCAGGAGGAGGCCCAGUUCAUACAGGGGUGGGACAUGGCGCUAAAAUAGAGUCCGGUGACGAGACUGGAUAAACAUGAAUAGAAGAGUAGAUGUUUAGAACUAUGCUG